CCCCACUCUCUCUCUCUUCAUUUCUAUCUCCUCUCUCUCUAUAUCUUCACUGUCGGUAAAAUUAUGGACCCGAAUUUCACCGGAAAACAUAUUCCGGCGCCGUUACUUGCCCGGACGGACAUCGAUCAGAUGCCGGAUACUCCAACUCGACGGGGAUAUCACCGACGAUCUCAAUCAGAAACCUUCUUACGCUUUGCCAGCGACUUACUAUUAGACGACGUCGUUCCAGACUUCAACCUAGCUGCUUUCGAUAUCCCUUCUCUUUCAUCCGAUACCGAGAAUAACGCUCCCAUGGCUGUUGAUUCUUCCAAAUCGGAUGCUGAGAGUUCCAUGGCUAUCAGGCCUACUGCUCCUAUUUCACACUUUAGAAGCUUAUCGGUUGGCGCCGAAUUUUUCGAGGGUUUAGAUUUUACGUCUGCUAUUGGCGGCUUUCCGGGUGAAUCGGAGAGGACUGGUGGAAAACCGCCGGCUGGGAGUCGUCAUAGACAUAGUAAUUCCAUGGAUGGAUUUUCCUCUUCUUUCGAGGCUGAUUCUCCGCUUAUGGAUAAUAUGAAGAAAGCGACGGGACCUGAUCGUCUAGCUGAGCUAGCUUUGCUCGAUCCGAAGAGAGCUAAAAGAAUUCUUGCGAAUAGACAAUCUGCGGCACGUUCAAAGGAGAGAAAAACUCGUUAUACUUGUGAACUAGAGAGAAAAGUACAGACCCUUCAGACAGAAGCAACCACAUUAUCAGCCCAGGUCACCAUGCUUCAGAGAGAUACUACUGGAUUGACUUCCGAAAACAAGGAACUUAAAAUGCGGUUGCAGGCUGUGGAAGAACAAGCGCAUCUUCGAGAUGCUCUAAAUGAUGCCCUGAGGGAAGAACUACAACGACUUAAGAUAGCAGCAGGUCAAACACCUUCUCCAGUUAAUAAUGGAAACCAGUUCAAUAGAGUUCUCCGUCCCCAUUUCUCCCCCCAACAACAACAGCAGAACAUGUUUCAAAACUUCUCAAACAACCAAACUCAACUGUCAUCCCAACACCAACACCAGCAACAACAUAUUCACAUGGGCCAUACUAAUAACGGAGGAAAUCAGAUGAACAAUGCGCCCAACUUCAUGGACUUCAACCAGAGAGGUCAGUAGUUAGUGUUUGGUUUUAGGGGGGGGUUUAUUUCGAAGGCUCCAUCCAUAGUAUAUGUAUAUAUAAGAAUACAUAUAUAGACAUAUGGGUACAAAAGGAAACUGCAGGAAAACAUCAUCUGAUGGUCAAAAUUCUCAAGUGAAAUGGUAAAAAAAAAAAAAAAAAAAUCAUGUAGAGAGGUUGUAGGCUACAAAAGUACAAACCAUGUUGUAGACUAGUUUAAUUGAUUGUGGUUUAUCUUUUGGAUUUGUUUCUCUAUGCAAGGUUUUUUCCUUUUUACUUUUAAUAUGGAUGUGAAAUUGGGAUCAAGAAUUACUAAAGUGGAAAUUGUUAGUUGAUGCUAUCAUUUCAA